CCUCCCGCCCGGGGUCAGCGCCCCGGCGCGCGCACGCGCACCCCCGCCACCCGAGCGCGCUCCGCGCCGCCCGCGCAGUCGGUCGGUCGGUCGUCCGUCGUCCUGUCGCCGCUGCCGCCGCGGGCGCCACCUGAGGGAGCCGCCGCCGCGGGACCCGAGCUGAUCGGACCGGACCCCGCCUCCCGAGGCCACCCGGGGCCCAGCAGCCACCCGCAGAGGCGCCGAGCAACUUCGGUUGGUCAGCACGUUGACACAAGUUGCCUUUUGACGUAGCUGCCGCCAUGGCCAGCUGGUAGGACUAGCAUCCCAUGCACAGAAGCCAGUUCAGAAUGACUGAAGAAGCAUGCCGAACACGGAGUCAGAAACGAGCUCUUGAACGGGACCCAGCGGAGGAUGAUGUGGAGAGCAAGAAAAUAAAAAUGGAGAGAGGAUUGUUGUCUUCAGAUUUAAACACUGACGGAGACAUGAGAGUGACGCCUGAGCCAGGAGCAGGCCCAGCCCAAGGGUUGCUGAGGGGGGCAGAGGUGCCGACUGUGGGCAGAUGCGAAGGGCAGGCGGGUGACGGGCCCGUGGACAUGCGUACCUCAUACAGUGACAUGAAGUCUGAGAGGAGAGCCCCCUCUCCUGAUGUGAUUGUGCUCUCUGACAAUGAGCAGCCCGCAAGCCCAAGGGUGAAUGGGCUGACAAAGGAGGCCUUGAAGGAGACUAGCACCGAUGCCCUCAUGAAAAGCAGUCCUGAAGAACGAGAAAGAAUGAUUAAGCAACUGAAAGAAGAGUUAAGAUUAGAAGAAGCAAAACUCGUUUUAUUAAAAAAGUUGCGGCAGAGUCAAAUACAAAAGGAAACUACCACCCAGAAGCCCACAGGCUCUGCUGGGAGUGCCGUGACCACCCCUCCCCCACUUGUGCGGGGCACCCAGAACAUUCCUUCUGGCAAGCCAUCCCUUCAGACCUCUUCAACAAGAAUGCCUGGCAGUGUCAUCCCACCACCCCUGGUCCGCGGUGGGCAGCAGGUGUCCUCGAAGCUGGGGCCACAGGCGAGCUCACAGGUCGUCAUGCCCCCACUUGUCAGGGGGGCUCAGCAAAUCCACAACAUCAGACAACAUUCCAGCACGGGGCCGCCGCCGCUCCUCUUGGCCCCCCGGGCAUCUGUGCCCAGUGUGCAAAUUCAGGGACAGAGGAUCAUCCAGCAGGGUCUCAUCCGUGUCGCCAAUGUCCCCAAUACCAGUCUGCUUGUCAACAUCCCACAGCCUUCCCCAGCGUCGCUGAAAGGGACGACAGCCACCUCUGCUCAGGCCAACUCCACCCCCACCAGCGUGGCCUCUGUGGUCACCUCUGCUGAUUCUCCAGCCAGUCGUCAGGCAGCUGCCAAGCUUGCACUGCGCAAACAGCUGGAGAAGACGCUGCUAGAAAUCCCCCCUCCCAAGCCCCCUGCCCCAGAGAUGAACUUCCUGCCCAGCGCUGCCAACAACGAAUUCAUCUACCUGGUCGGCCUGGAGGAAGUGGUGCAGAACCUGCUAGAGACCCAAGCGGGCAGGAUGUCAGCUGCUGCUGUUCUGUCCCGGGAGCCCUACAUGUGUGCGCAGUGCAAGACGGACUUCACAUGCCGUUGGCGGGAGGAGAAGGGUGGCGCCAUCAUGUGUGAGAACUGCAUGGCAUCCAACCAGAAGAAGGCACUCAAGGUAGAGCACACGAGCCGGCUGAAGGCUGCUUUUGUGAAGGCUCUGCAGCAGGAGCAGGAGAUCGAGCAGCGCCUCCUACAACAGGGUGCCGCCCCCACACAGGCCAAGGCUGAGCCUGCCGCCGCCCCACACCCCGCACUAAAGCAGGUCAUAAAACCCCGGCGUAAGUUGGCGUUCCGCUCAGGAGAGGCCCGCGACUGGAGUAACGGGGCUGUGCUACAGGCCUCCAGCCAGCUGUCCCGGGGCUCGGCCACAACGCCCCGUGGUGUCCUGCACACGUUCAGCCAGUCACCCAAACUGCAGAACGCAGCCUCAGCCACAGCCCUUGUCAGCAGGACCGGCAGACAUUCCGAGAGAGCUGUAAGCACCGGCAAGGGCAAUGCCACCACCAACUGGAAGAAGGCACCCCUAAGUACAGGCGGGGCCCUUGCGUUUGUCAGCCCGAGCUUGGCAGUGCACAAGACCUCCUCAGCGGUGGACCGCCAGCGGGAGUACCUCCUGGACAUGAUCCCGCCACGCUCCAUCCCCCAGUCAGCCACGUGGAAAUAGUGCGAGCCGGGCCCAGUGGAGAACAGGCUCCCUCCUCCCUCCCACCUGGCCCUGCCACCCUCCACUCGGGAAGACCUCGUACUCCCUGAGGAAACGAGUGAGCGAGCGCCGGCCGCGCUGCAGAAGCAAGGGCCCCGUUCUUGGCUGCAGAGUCUCGUCGCAGCUGAGGGGCUGCUUCACAGGUGGACGAGGAAUAUCACUGAGGGACCUUUCCCUUGGGCUUUUUUCCUUUCUUUGCCUUUAGUUUGCCCAACACCAGCAGAAAAGUGGACCUUGGGGGCUGGUUCUGCUUCCGGCCCUUUCUUUCAGCGCCCCCAAACCCUCCCCAUUCCCCCACCCCCCGGCAGGGUGCACGGACGGCUCACCCUGGACACUGUGACACGCUCGGCGAGACCGGCGCCCGGGGCUUCUGAAGUCGAGCGGAGCGUUCUGUUUUGUUUUUGCUUUUCCCCAUCUUAGCCUCCCAGUCUUUGACUGCCUUCCUUCAUGGCAAUCUUUAGGUUGACAGAUUUUUUUUAAAUCACCUCAUGAUGAUGGAGUUUAAAGUAAACCGUGCAGACCUAGGGGUCCCUGCCGAGCACGGCCCCCACACCCCAGAGGGUGGGCCACUGACUGCCUAGCCCUCACUCUAGCGGAAGGCCUCUGCUGCUGCUCAUCCCGGAGACCCUGGACCUCCCACACUUAGCAGAAGAACAAACUGCAACCCAGACCCCAGCCAGAGAGCCUGGGAUCCCAGAAGCCGCACGCCGCCAGUAGAGGAGGGAGAGAGAAUUGGCAGCAACACCCAGAGCCUGAGUGGGAAGUUGAAGGGGCGGGCUAUUGUGUUUUUUUGUUGUUGUGGUUUUAUUUUAUUAAAUUUCUCCUUUACUUACUUAUUUUGAUGGACACCAUCUUAAGCUGCCCUGGCCUGUGCUCCUGUCAGGUGUGUUUGGUGGGGAAGUACCCCUGCCCUUCCAAGACUUCAGGGUUUUCAUUUGGGUCUAGUUUAGAACUUUCCCUUAAAACAGGGCUAUGCUGCCAGGGUUCACCUUCAGACUGUUUUGUUUUGGUUUUGGUUUUUUUGUUUUGUUUUGUUUUUUGGUUUUUUUUUUACUCUCUUGCGAGUCUACAGAAAUGUCUUAUGCAAAGGAUCAGGUCUGCUCUUAGUUGUGUUUCAUUUUGGUUUAUCCCACUUCCUAAAUAGCGGUUCCAUGAGGAUAGGCAGAAGCUGUCGUGAGUGUGCUCUGCACAGGGUUGUCUCCGUGCAGGUGCGUGGGUGUCCUGUGUGCACGCACACAUGUUUGUCGACGUGGAGAUGGGGUACUCUUGCUCCCCACUUCAACCCCAGCCCUAGUUUUCCUAUCCAUGCAGUUAGGGACUUAAUUUAAAAUCCUUAUUUUGUAGGGCCUCCUUCUUCAAAACACACUGCUACAACAUUCUAAUAAAGGCUCAUUUAACCCCCUCUCUCAUGUGUGAAUAUCCAUGUUUAGCAACAUUUUGACCCGCGGUAGAAGACCUAGUUUUGCAACAUUCUAAUUUUUUGUUGUGUAAAACCCUAUAUUUUAAAUUGAUUUUUGUUUUGAGUGCAUAACUUAGAGGGGCUGGAGGAGGGGAGGGCAAGGAAGGGUGGCUUUCAUUCCAAGAUCCAGGGAUUUGGGGGAAAGGAGGGAAAUUGACAUGGGGGGUGUUUUACACCAAAAAAUCAAGAGUAUGCAAGCAUUUCUAUUUCUCACAUUUUUCUGUGUGCCUGGCAAAUAAAUACUUGUCUUAUACUA